CAAAUAGUAAUUCCUUUUCCACUCGCUGUUACAGACUGACCUUUCAAAUUCGGACGAACGGCGGCUAUGGCGAACAGCAACAAUCCCUUCCGAAUCUCCGAUCACCAGCUGCCCUACGAUUCCCACAACACUUACACUGUCUAUUUCUACGACGAAUCCAUCCACACAACCCUCACACACGAUCCCACCAUCCUCACCCAAUGGAUUUCCGACAUCGACGCAAACUUCGGCCGCCGCAUCGUCGGGCUGGACAUGGAGUGGCGUCCUUCUUACACUUCCGAACAAAAUCCGGUGGCGACGCUGCAGCUGAGCAACGGAGACCGGUGCCUCAUUUUCCAGCUCCUCUUCUGCCCUUCGAUUCCCAAUUCUCUCUGGAAUUUUUUAUCAAACCCUAACUACAAAUUCGUGGGGGUCGGAAUCGAGAGAGAUUUGGAGAUGUUGAAGUACGAUUACAGUGUGGAUCUAGAUGUGAAUUUCGUCGAUUUGAGGUCUCUGGCGGCGAGAGUGUAUGCCAUGGACGAAUUGAAGAAUGCCGGGGUGAAAAGGCUCGCGAGCCUUGUGCUGUCGCGGGAGGUGGAGAAGCCGAAGCGUGUGACGAUGAGUCGGUGGGAUAAGCAGUGGCUGAUGCCGGCGCAGGUGCAGUAUGCGUGCAUCGAUGCCUAUGUGUGCUGCAAGAUCGGCCAGGCCUUGAAUGCUGAUUCUUCGACUUGAUUACUCGCUCUCUUCUCUGGUAAAAUCAAUCUGACUCUUGUUUUUACUUUGAUUGUGAGUAUGUUUUGGGGGUAUGGUUGAUUGAUUGAUUGAUUGGUUUUGGGUAGAUGAAUUGAUUGAAUUGAAAUGCUUAUUUUGGCAUCGAUGAUGAUUAUGAAAUACUUGUUUGUGGAUUUUGUUUUUGGUGUUUUGUGUUGUGUUGUUGUCUGUGAAUUGAAUGUGUUUUUCGAUUUGUUUCUUACGAUUUUGGGAUUUAGCAUUCUGGUUUCGAUA